UCUUUUUCUUUUUUGACUGUCAUAGCUGCCUACUAGCUGCCUACUCCAAGUGGGUCUGUUUUCAUUUAUCUUGCUUGAGCUCUUUGAUUACACAAAGAGAGGUUCUUGAACUGUUGGGUUUGUGCUACAAAGUCCAUGGAGAGUAGGGGUGAUGGCGCCGAUCAUGACGCAAAAACGCCACUUUUGUCGCCAAGAAAUGGCAGCGAAACUGGUCAGGACAAUGGGAAUGACGCUUGUGGACAAGUGAACAACGCCGACGCUGGCAACUCUGUUUCGGUUCUGUGGCAUGAGUUCUUCUUGAGAUUGCCGGAGAAGGUCCGGUCUGGGCUUGACCCUGAGUCCCCCUUUCAUAUCGACCUUUCCAAGACCACUGGGUUGGUUGAAGGGGAGAAGGAAUACUAUGAGAGACAGUUUGCCACCUUGAAGUCAUUCGAAGAGGUUGAGUCCCUCGAAUCACCUCAUGUCAUCGAUGAAGAUCAGAGCAGCAAAUUGCAAGCCCGACACGAAAGAGCUAUGAAAAUAUCAAAUUGGGCCAAUGUGUUACUGCUCGUAUUCAAGAUAUAUGCAACUGUGAAGAGUGGGUCCAUAGCCAUCGCAGCAUCAACCUUAGAUUCCUUGCUUGAUUUAAUGGCUGGUGGUAUCCUUUGGUUUACGCACUUGUCGAUGAAGACAAUAAACAUAUACAAGUAUCCUAUUGGGAAACUUCGGGUACAGCCAGUAGGCAUUAUCAUCUUCGCUGCUAUCAUGGCCACUCUGGGGUUUCAGGUGCUUGUCCAAGCUGUUGAGCAACUUAUCAGAAACCAACCUUCGGAAAGGAUGACAUCAGAUCAGUUAGUGUGGUUAUAUACCAUUAUGCUGACGGCAACUGGAGUGAAACUCAUCCUUUGGAUCUACUGCAGAAGCUCGGGGAACAAGAUAGUUCGCGCGUAUGCAAAGGAUCAUUACUUUGAUGUGGUGACAAAUGUGGUGGGUUUAGUUGCUGCUGUUCUUGGAGAUAAGUUUUAUUGGUGGAUCGACCCAGUUGGUGCCGUAGCCCUGGCUGUUUAUACAAUUUCGAAUUGGUCUGGCACAGUUUUGGAAAAUGCCGUGUCUCUUGUUGGGCAAUCAGCUCCACCAGAAGUCUUGCAGAAACUGACAUACCUAGCCCUUAGACAUCAUCCUCAAAUUAAACGUGUCGACACAGUUCGUGCAUACACCUUUGGUGUCCUUUACUUUGUAGAGGUAGAUGUUGAGUUGCCCGAAGAUUCACCGCUGAAAGAAGCGCACGCAAUUGGAGAGUCGUUGCAAAUAAAGAUCGAAGAGCUACCUGAAGUGGAAAGAGCCUUCGUUCAUCUAGAUUUCGAGUGCGACCACAAGCCAGAGCAUUCUGUGCUCCGAAGGCUCCCAAGUGACCAGCAUUGACAACUCAUACAAUGAACUGGUCUUUCAUUGUUGGGAUUCUCUAGCACUUGAAUAAAUUCCAGAGUUUGGUAAUAUGUGUUGGAUGUUUGUUUGUAAAAUAGACAAAAUAUAUUUUUCCUUGUCCCACUUAGAAGGAGAUGGACUAAUUUAUAAAUAUAAGCCUUUUCUAAUGUAUUUAGAAAAGGUUGGGUGUGGGCUAGACUCCACAAUA